AUGACACAGAACAUGAAGAACAGUCAUGAUGCUGACAACAACAUUGGAAUGCAUGCAUGUUUCAAGCAACCUUCACAAGCUUACAGCUGUGAUGGUAGGAGCAAAAUACUUGAGAAGAAUCUGCAGAACAUGCAUGGAUAUACUGCAGAAAUAGGAAGACCAAACUUUCCUGACAAAGAAUUCCUGGAGAAAGACUACUACUCUCAAUCAACCAAAAGGACACUGGUCCUGAUUUGUCCUAAUCUUGAGUGUCAAGAAAAAACACCCACAAGGAUGCCAAAAAUGCAUUCCUCACAAGGCACAAUUUUAGCUAAAGGAAUCACAGCAAGACCAUAA